CUACCAACCCGUGACCCCACUAAAAAUAUCUAGGUAUUCUAGAUUUGCGACAGCAGCCCUGGAGCAUGAACUUCUAACCUAAGCUCUCCCAAUCCCACUAUUACGUACCUUUACAAAACCAGAUUACAAACAAACCAUCCAAGCAUACGGGAGAGAAGAGAAGAGGAGGAAAUACUUAGAGAGGUCACCCAAUAGGCGAAAAAAAAAACAACAACGGGAAGGGCAGCAAGGGACAGACAUAAUGCCCCUCGACAGUUCCAUCUACACCCUCGGGCUCCUGCGCAUCGACGGCCGGUGCUGGAAAGAUCUGCGCCAUCUCAACGCGCAGAUUCACACCCAGGCUAGUGCCGAUGGCUCCGCCUACUUCGAAAUGGGCAACACCAAGGUCAUGUGCGUGAUCAACGGCCCCAACGAAGAAGGCCGGCAACGUCGCGGCGGCCAAGCGAGUUCUUCAGGUGCUGCUACGGGAGGAGGAGGAAGCUUAGGAAGUACUGGGAAUGCCGAGAUUCUCGUCAGUAUUGAUGUCGGCGGGUUCAGUACCGUCGACAGGAAGAAGAGGGCCCGGAGCGACAAGCGCAUCCAAGAGCUCCAGACAACCAUUGCCAAUGCGUUCAGCACGGUUCUGCACACGCACCUAUUCCCACGAUCCAGCAUCUCCAUAUCUCUGUACGUGCUCUCGCAAGACGGGUCUCUGCUCGCCUGCCUCAUCAACGCCGCCACCCUCGCCCUCAUCGACGCCGGCAUCAACAUCAACGACUACCUCGUCGCCUGCACCGGCGGCAGCACCUCCUCCCACUCCGCCGCCGACGACAGCGCCGACCCCAUCGUCGACCUCAACGGCCAGGAGGAGCAGGAGCUUCCGUUUCUCACCGUCGCCACCCUCGGCGCCACCGACAAGGUCAUCGUGCUGGUGUGCGAGAGCAGGGUCCAGAUUAGUCGCUUGGAGGGCAUGAUGGUCGCUGCUGCCGAUGGCUGCAAAAAGAUUCGCGAAUACCUCGACUCCAAAGUGAGGGAAAGGGGCGAUAGGAUGGUGAAGGAGGGUGCUGUGGCGAAGGGCGCGAGUAUGGCUUUAGAUAUUGAAGCUUAAGGGUAGUAGAGCAAGGAGGAAAGCCACCGAUCAAGGGAACAUGAAUGAAGAAGAAGAAGAACAAACCCAUAGAAAAAGAGAGAAAGAAAAUAAUAACACGUGGUAGACAUUUGGGUGUCAUGAUGGAUAUAACAUAUCAA